AAAGUUCUUCAUAUUCCGAUUAUUUCGCCAUCACUUCAAAUGCAUCUCCAGCCGUAGCAACCGAGGCAGUCGGUCUAUGUACCCUAUCAACCAUGGAGGCUCAGCUUUCGUUGAUGGAUGAAAACGACGAAGAAAACACCAAAGAACAAGAAGAGCUCCUCUUCGACAGAGUCCAAGAACUAAAACGUUCCAAUGCCGCCCUCCAGGUAGAGAUAGACCUGUUUGAACGCUUUAUCAGCCGCAUUGAUCCUCAUGACCUCCUGUCCCAGGCGGGGGGAGAUGGUCCAGGAGGGUCGCAGCUGGAGGGAGGGGGUCGUGGGCGGAGGCGCAGGUCACGCUCCCAUGUUUCAGAUCGCCUCCAACAGCUGACCUUGGAACAAAAACUCUACGUGGCACAGAGAGAGGUGAGAGAGAUGCAUCAAGACCAAGACAAACUCAAACAGAGAUGUGAGAGGAUUCAGGACGACUUCAAGGCCUCCUUACAAGAGGCAGAAAUUAGUCUUUCAGAAAUCAGGAAGGCUCAGCACGAGUUUGAACGCAGACUGCUGAAACCUCUUAAAGACAACAGGCUGGACAUGAAGGAGCCUGAGAAGGUGCUGCAGUGCAUCACAGACAAGUCAAAGGUCUCACAGUUGGAGAAGUUUCUUGUGAAGAACCAGGCCCUGAAGGUCCAUGAGAAGAAGCUCCAGCAGCAGCUUCUUCAGAAAAGAGAAGCAGGAAAAGCUGAGUACGAGGACGUCUUUCAGGAGUUUACUGAGCUGAGAAUCAACAAAAACCUGGAUGAACUUCAAGUCAACAAUCUGAAAGUCCAACGUUUCCUCAGUUCACAGAAGGAGAAGCUGCAGAGUGUGACUAGGGAGUCCACGGAGCUGAGCAAUGAUAUCACAAACAGGAAGCAGAUACUGGGGAAAAUCGAGGAGGAGAUACUGCAUGCUCAGGAGGAGCAGUUAAAGGCAGAGGCUCUCAACCAACACCUGCGUCGCCAAAUGACAGAUUAUCAGGCUCCAGGAGUCCUGGAGUACAUUCAGGUCAAGGACAAACACAAGAAGCUGCAGCAGAAAAUUAACACGUGGGAGAGGAAGGUUCGCAUCGCUGAGAUGUCCUCGACGGCCCACAGUAAAGCCUGGAAAACACAGAGAACCACUCUCACUCCUGCAAAUAGCACUGUCGCUGGAGCCGGAUCUGGGCAGCACCGACUCCCAGUGAAGCUGCCGCACAUAGCAGAACACGUCAGCGCAUAAGAGACACGCUGCUCUGUUCACUCAUACUGUAACGUGUGCUCUGACCCCUCUGAGAAUGUUUUAUUAGGAGCCAAAAUGUUGUAAUGUGAUCUCAUUUUAUCUCUGCAUGAGACCCGAUGUAGGGCAGUAUGUUGCAAACAUGUGUAAUUCCAACACUGACCACCAGGUGGAGGCUUAUUUAGGAUAAAACCAAGGCUUGUACUGGAGUUAGGUUAGAAUUUAUGUUUAAUAUUCAACAUCGUUAGUAUACAUUUAAAGACUGUAUGUCCUGAUAACAUGGACCUAAAAAUGUAAAAUUAUCACUAACACCAAAUUAUAUAAAAUAUCUUAAAUUAUAUUUAUACAUAAAGGAGCAAUCUGUAACUCUGACACCUAGUGUUUAAAAUGGGUACUGCAGUCCAAAAUCAAAACAUUGUAGAGAGCCUUCUCCCCCUGCCUCCUCCUCUCUAGAGUCAAUGCUCACACAGGUCACCAUGUGGUGGACACUGAAGCUUCAGUGUUUAACCAGCUCUGCAUCGGUCUGUAAACCUUUCUGUGUUUUAACCUCUCUCCAUUUUUCAAAAGCAUCUCCAAUAUUGAUCCUAGUUUGAGCACGUUUCUGCUCGUGGAGCUUAUUAGAAACAUGCAGAGGCUUUUUAGGUCGGGUACAAUCACUUCUAUCUGAACCACUUCUCUUGCCCGCUUCCAUCGCUGCAACACCUGUUGACCUGAUAACUGCUCUCAUAUCUGGCAAACUGAGGGGCGUCCAAAACGGCCGUGUGGGGGUGCCUUAAAACCGCCUACUUUCUCUGGUCCAAACAAAUCCAGAGCAUUCAGGAGCAGAAUCUAAAGUUAGAAGGAGGACAUACUGGCUGCUGCAUUGUUGUCAGAGAAGCCAGCACUUCAACACAGCAUGUUUCCUUAAUGUCUGAUCAUAUAGUAAGAUACCUUUAUCAUUUCACUACACAGCUUACUGAUUGGGUUCUUUAAGUUAUGCUUCUGUAGACCAUAGGAGCAGUAUUUGACUUGUUCUUCAUUAUCUUUAGUUAUCCUGUAAUCAGUGUAAAGAUACUGUGGAAAGGACAUUCUGCAUCAUGACAAAACAGUUCAGGACUUAUUCCUCUAUUGCAGUACUGAAACAUUGUCAUACUUCUUUCUGUUUAAUAAUGUGAAGUAGAAGUUCCUCGAUUUGAAGGCAGACAGAAAAAACAAUCCAACUGAGACUCUACAAACUAUUUCCUUUAUUAGAAAGAAAUCCUCAGAGGUAUAAACCCUCGAAAUGUUAUGAUGUUACAUGCCAUAUAUACAGGUAUAUACAUGAAAGUGCAAUGUCACAAUGGUUAAUGUGUUUAUUAUUAAUUCUCUCGUUACUGUUUGGAAAAUGGCGUCAUUACGUACUCAUGUGUAACCGUCCUGCGCAGCGUUCUCUCAAACAGACAUGAAAAUUAAACAGGACGUCUCAAGCUCCUCUAAAACAUUUUCAAAGGCACUUUCACGAGUACAUACUACAGAUGUACAGAACAGCACAGAGUAAAGCCUACAGGGGGCGACACUGAGUCCUACUGGUGAUGAUGUUAGCAGAGUGACAGUAACACACUUUUCUUUUUUACAACUCGGCAGAUUGUAGUCGACGCCUCUCGUUUGAAGUCAUCUCCCAAACAAAACAAAAACAACAGAAAGGAUUACAAAAAUAAACAAAGUUAGUGAGUCAGAAAUCAUCUUCAUCUUUUUGGAUUAUUACACACACAACAUCUGUCAAGUCAAAGAGCGUGUAAACCUGCUGUCAGAGAGCUCUGCUUCUUCUUCACAGCACACCAGUCUGUGUUCGUAUGCUCGCAGAACAUUCCCAAAACAUGCACCCACUUCACUGAUAUCUACAGCACAGAUGUUACUCAAAAGGAGAAAGACAGGGGGCGCACUCACAGCUGGAACCUCUGCACAAAGGGGAGCAAUAGCAUUAAAAACGAUCACAUGACCUGCACACAUUUGCGCUGGUACAGGCUGUUCAUCAGUGAGUGUUUGAGAAUAUCUCCAAACUAAGGUGGUCAAACUCCUGGACGCUUCUCGAUACGUCUGGUUUUUAAAAUGAUUCAAUCUCUGUGAUCGACAGUAUCGAAAAUGACCAAACUACCUGCAGAGAGAGAAAGAGAGAGAGCACUGUCUUAAUUGCACAAAUGUGUUGAGGACUUAUUUGUGUAAUUUAGACAAUGUGCAGGAGUUCACCUGCAAUCUUUUGGUGAUGAAAAACAAGAAAUCUCUCGAUGUUUGGCACCUAGGACUGAUAUUUCCAAUGCUGUGGUAUCAAAUCAGGUACGGAUAUAAUUCGAUCUUUACUAUUAUUUUAUAGAAGUUUAAAAUUCUUCAUAUCGCGACAACCCUUCUUGAUACACGGGUGCACAUCAAAUCAGCAGACAAAGCCUCCGUGUCAGUCAGACGACAAUGACACCUUGAAUGUUAAAAGAGGAAAUGAGGACACAAAGAAGCACAGGAAGCAGCAUGAAUAAAACCUUUUACACUAACAGUCAUCAGGUCCAUGGCUACCUGCAGCACCUCUAGAGGGCGCUGCCACAGGGCCUGUACACAUCAGUCAAUAUAUGGAGGGUUUCACAUCCAUGCUUUAACUCACACACAUCACGUCUUUGGGUUAGUUCGGCUGUAGCAUGUGUUCCACAACGUACAAUAUAGCAUAUGUGCUGAAUAAACUGCAGGUAUGAGAUGAUUUGUCAUCAGAACCAGUCACACUGUAGACCCCCGUCGGAUCUGCAGAUGCAAGGCAGGCGAUAUUAUCAGGCAUGUUUCCGCCCUACAUCGAGACGCGUCGCUGCAGGAAUCCGAGAAAGUAUGGAAGUGUUCAAACAGUUCAUGGUGAAGUAGUGGUUUCAUCCAAUAGUCACAUCUCAUUCCAGGCAUAAUGGAAGGAUCUCCAGCCGAGCACAGAGGUGAUCUUUGUACAUUUCCGGCAGGCUGUGCCAAGAAAAAGUUGCAGUUUUACAAGCUAGUGAAAAUAUCAGUACUAUUAUCUCUCAACAAAGUACCGUUUAGAAACAGAAACCUUGUUCUGUCCAGGUAAUCACAGCAACUUCAUAAUAAGAGUUCUACAUGUUCAAUCAGUUACAUUUCAAAGUCAAUAAGGCCUUAAUAAA